UUCUUCAUCGGUCCGCGGUGCAAUUAGUCACGAACCUGACAAACUGCCAGCAUUGUCAAACUUCGCGGUCUUGUGUUUUUUUGUUUUUUUUAAACUAAGAAAUAUUUUUGGACAACUAUUAUAUUUUACAAAGAAACGCGGCAACGCGUGUCAAAAACGAAGGUGUCCGUAUUGUCUUUAUUGUCCGAGACGUCAACGCGUGGUCGACUGUUCCUGCGAGCCUCGGCGCUUCGUACCCUUUUAGUCCAUCUUUUUUUUUCCCCCCACAGCUGUCAGUCACAUUGGUCCACCGUGUGUAGGCAGGCAAGAGUCUUGACAUCAGGAGAUAUGGUGAAGCUGACAAAAGCCAAGACGUUCCAGGCUUACCUGGACUCCUGCCACCGCCGCUAUAGCUGUGUGCACUGCCGCGCUCAUCUGGCCAACCAUGAUGAUCUCAUCUCAAAGUCUUUCCAAGGUAGUCAAGGCAGAGCUUACCUCUUCAACUCUGUGGUGAACAUCGGCUGUGGUCCAGCAGAGGAAAGGCUGCUGCUAACGGGACUUCAUGCGGUGGCUGACAUCUACUGUGAAAACUGUCACACCACCCUGGGCUGGAAAUAUGAACAAGCCUUUGAACUGAGUCAGAAGUACAAGGAAGGGAAGUACAUCAUUGAGCUGUCCCACAUGAUAAAAGACAACGGCUGGGACUGAGAGGGAAAUCUCCUUUGUUCUCCAUGACUUUUUUCAAAGUUGCAUCCCCUCGUCUUAGCAGGGUUCCAGUGUAGCUUCCUCAUCCCGUGUUCGAGCCAUCGCUGUGCCACACUUUUACUCUCUAUGGCUUUGCCAUGAAUAGCAUGUGAUGCCUUAUCUUCCUCCUUUCUUUGUGUGUUUUCCAGCAGCCACAGUAAGGUUUCUGAUAACGCAAUCCCAAUCGCUAGUUAUGCUAGGGGCAGGUUUGAAUGAAUGUAGGGUUUGUGUGCGGAAUAACUCAUGGGCACAUGUGUGGAUAUUGGAUUUUUAGGCUUGUCUUUGAGUGAUGAACCUCUUAUCAGUGAUCAAUAAGCAAGACUCGCUAGAUGGGGGCAAGGACAGUGCAAGUCAAACAAUAAUGACCUUGCACUGGUAUUCCGCCACCUCUUCCAAGUUUACAAUGCCUGUUUAGUUAUAUCUGGCCAUAACAGUUUAUGCAAAUGAAGCAGUGGAGAUUUAUUUUUUUCGAUCAUGGUCGAUCGGUUAUGGAAAUUUCUGUUUUUAUAUAAAGAUCAGUAACUUUAGAGUUUGACAAGUAUACAAGUUGUUGAAUUAGUAAUGGUAAGCAUGCCCAUACAGAUGGCCUGCAAGUUAUUUUAAAGCUGAACUACUGCUUGUACAGAAGAUACGCUAGUGUGUGAGUGUACUUGUUCAUUCGGUUCUGUGGGGAACUCGGGAGUCCAAGGAGCACACAUUUAGUUAAGUCUGGGUGUGUCUGGCUCUCUGGUAUGUCUUUAAUGCUUGAAUUUGAUCAUUCAGUUUUGAGUAAAGGUUUCCUCACAAGGACUGAAUUUCAAGUUUGUGUUUGCAGAGUAUGCCUGCAGUUUUACCUGCACAAUUAGGAUAUCCACUACUUGCUGACAUUCUAGAGAUAUCGCCUCUGUGUUUGUGUGUAGUGUAACAAUGAGAGGCCUUUUGCAGCUCCAUUUACUCAAUCAUGUUUGAGCAACGUGUGAUUAGAAUUAUGUAGCAUAUUUAUGGUGAUUUUUUUUUUUGUCUGCUUCUUUUCAUUAAAAUAUAAUUUUAUUCUUAUCUUUCAUUAAAAUACAGUGCAUCUGUAA